AUGGCUACACGGAGGCAGAACCACUCAUCUAGCCAGAGUUUGUCAAUGCUGGAAAAAUCUCAGCGCAAACAACACAUCAAUAAUGAGCACCGGACCAAUUUCCGUGCUGGUUAUAUCCAGAUCAAUGAGGAAUAUUUGCACAAAACAGGAAUUCGUGGCCGCAAGAAGAAUCUUCUAUACUGUUUUGUUGCUUUGCUCUUAACAAUGGCCAUUGCCAACAUUGCGAUAACUGGUCUCUUGAUGGCAGUUCUCCAACUUACACCAUUUGGCCUUCAAUCCUUGGAAUUUAUCCUUGGUGGCACUUUGUUGCGAUUCCUCAAAGACAGCACACUGCCAAAUAUAACCUUGAUCAGUGGUCAGCUUGGUAGCAGAGCUCGUGGUGGACUUGUCUUUUCAACAGACCAGAACAUGAUACAUAUGGGAACAGAUGAAGGGUCAUUUAUUUCUGUCAAUGAAAAAGACACGACUUUUAUAACUGAUGGACUCACUUUUAUGACCCAAUCUGGAGAUGUCAUUUUUUCAACUGACCCUGAAGUGGAAUGGUCAUUUCCCCAGCAGCCCAAGAAUUUACUCACAGAAUCUGUUGAGGCCACCAUGAUGAAAAGCCGAACCAAAUGGAAUGACAUUGUCUUGGAGUCUUUCACCAAAUUGAGUGUCAAAGGUGAAGAAGGAGUGAGAACUGAGGAAUUCAUGGACAAAAUUCAUGUUACUUCUGGAAAAGGAAUCAACUUUUCAGCUAAAAAGGGUAAUUUAACAUUUGAGGCUUCAGAUGGGAAUAUUUUCUUUACCAAGAGAGCAUUUCGUCCAGCCAAGAUAGAGACAAAAGUGGAUAUAAACAUGUCAAAUGCUACUCUUGUGGCCUACAAGAUAUGUGUCUGCACUCUUACUGGCAAGAUAUUUGCCGUGCCAACCACUUCAAACUGCCUCUCCCCAGCAGAUGCCUGUAAUGAAUGA